UGUCACGAAAAAAACCACGACGCAUUCAGCAAUUUUCGAGAUUCGCACGCGUUUGACCAAAAUAAUUGAACGGAUUUAUCAAUAAAAAUGAAAGUCACCGAUAAAAGUAACGAGAAAAAGCGGAAAAUCAAGAAAAAACCUAUAGAUAAAAGCAAAAAACAGCUAGUCUUGGUCGUCGCGCAAGAAAUCAAAUUUGCCAGAUUACUUUCUGGAAACGAGAAGAAAACGCGUGACCGUGUGCUUAGAGCGUUGAAAAAAUGGCUUGUUAACUGUUUUGAAAAGAAUUACGAAUUUAAAGAAGAUGAUUUCACAAGAGUGUGGAAAGGCCUAUUCUAUGCUGUAUGGAUGUCAGACAAGCCUCUGGUUCAGGAAGACCUCUGCGAAAGCAUCGCCGGCAUCCUGGAUCUGUUCCCGACGGAGCAGCUCUCCAAUGCCAUGCUGCUCGCCAAGGCAGGCUUCAAGAUGCUGGCCACUGAGUGGUUUGGGAUAGAUCAGCACCGGAUUGAUAAGUUUCUUAUGUUGGUGCGUCGCUACCUGCGCGGCGCCCUGCGCUGUGUGCACCGCAGUGGCUGGACAGAGGACGCCUGCAACCAGUUCGCCAACAUGCUCUCUGGCAAGGAUGGAUUGCUGUCGUUAAAAACGCCCCUGUACGCGCGCAACGCCAACUCGCUGGUCAUACACAUCGCCGAUUGUUAUCUGGAAGAAAUCUCCAAGGUGUCAUCCGGAGAAAUAUCCCCAGAAUCUCUGGUUAUCCUACUCCGGCCGUUCAUGGCAUACCUGAGCCAGGGCUCCGCUCCAGCCAUAUGCAUCGCUUCGAGGAGGGUACUGACUGAGUUGCUCAAACACGGAGACCCAGAGGACGCAGAAGACUCUGAGGAGGAGGAUGAUGAUGAAAAGGAUUCAGACGAAGAAGAUGCUGCAGAUGAAGAAGACAGAGAUGAUGAUGAUGAAGUGAUGACCAAUGGAGCUCUAGACCCGCGCGCAGGCCGAGUGGACGUGGUGCUCCACCCGAUGCCGGUGCCGGCUGCAGGGCUCGUCGCGGUGCUCAAACAGUACUUAGUGCAAGCUAAGGGUGCUGGGAAUCGUCGGGCGCGACAUUGUAUUCAACUAUUGGAGCAGUUCGCAUCGGGCACACACCCGUUCGCGCCCCCCUCCCCCACCAUAGACGCGGGUCCCCCCCUCAAGCCCACCAAGACGGCUAAAGCUCUGCGGGCGCUUGAGAAGAAACUCGUCGCUAACGGAGACGAACUGGCUUUAAGAGGUCUGAGCCGGAAGCACCGGAAGCGUCUGCUGGCCAAGUCCCGCGCCGGUCUGUCCAUCGUCGAGGACGUCCAGACAACCAAACAGAAACCCAAGACCUCCAACGGCGAUUGGCAAGUUGAAGAAACGGGAGAAGUUAUUAAAAACAAGACGAAACGGAAACGGGCCAACAAAGAGAACGAGGCGGAACCUAAAAUUAAGAAACAGAAGCUCAACAAACUAGAAAACACGGAAAACCAGGAGAAAAAAGUGAAAAACAGUGUUAAGAAACAGAAAAAUAAUAAGGUAAACGAUAAAGUUAAAAAUAAUGUUAAACCGGUGAAAAAUGAUGUUAAGGAUGUUAAAAAUAGUGUUAAGAAAGUUAAAAAUAAUGUUAAAGACGCUAAGCAUAAUGUUAAGGAAGUGAAAAACAGUAGUAAAGUAACAAAUGAUUUUAAAGUUAAAAAUAGUGUUAACAUAGUUAAAGCUAGUGUUAAACAUGUUAAUGUUGCAGAUAAAAAAGAAACUAAAUUAAGUAAAAAAGAAAAAACUAAACACGCUAAAGAUGGCGAAGCUAAAUUGCUGGUUAAUAACAAAGUUAAGAAAUUUCAAAAGCAAGAUAAGAAUGUUAGUUUGAAUUCCAUGUCUACGCCAAAAAAGGUGAAAUUCGUGUUGAAAAACAACUCGAUGCAGGGAACGGUGGACUAUUACAAGAGUAUAAGGGAGAGUCCAAAUAUACCUUUCGACAGUUCUAAGCGGCCGAGUAAGACGAAUUUAAAGGUAUCGACGCCUUCACCGAUAAAUCCUUUUUUUAAGAAGAAAAUGACGAGACGAGCGAGUUUUGGAGCGCAAAUUGUAUUUUAAAUUUUAAAGUAAUUUGUAAUAUUUCUUUAAAGAAGUAUUAUUAGAGUUAGACCAAGAUAAGUCUGCAGCGAUUUUAACAGCACACGCAGUAGUGUUAUUUAUACGUCAUAAAUUCAUAGAAGUUUGACGUUUAAAAUGACACUUGUCUUGGUCUAACUCUAGCGCCACUUGCACCAUUCCACUAACCCAGGGUUAACCAGUAAAACCGCUAACCCAGUGUCAAAUUGUACUGGGUAAUCAUAGUAACUCCAAGUUUAACCUUUUAACCCCUGGUUAGGUGAAUGGUGCAAGCGGCGCAAUGAUUUAACCCGGUUUUUUUAAGAUCAUUUUUUUUCUAACCUCAAAAGUAGUGUUAAUUAACUUUUUCUUCCGAAAUGCUAGGGUUCCUAUGAUCGGUAUCUAAUAUUGUGGUACAAUAAUAUGUAAACGACACUAUAAUUCAGUACAUAGUUACUCAGAUAUAUUUUGGAGGAAAAAAGUUACCACUACUUUUGAGGUUAUAAAAUUUGAAAAAAAAAAAAACGGAGUAUACUCGGUAAUACUUUGUUGAAAAGUAAUUGUUUUUAUUUCUAUACUUUGAGUAAACACUAUGUUUAACAAGUUUGAAAUUUUAUGAAAUGAUUUUCUUGUAAUUGUAAAUUUCUUGAAAGAUUUUUAAUAGUUGAAUUGAUAGCAUAAGUUUUAUUU